AUGGCGUCCUCUCGCAUCCUUCUCCUAGCCGCGAUCCUCCUGGCCCUGGCUUCUAUCCAAGCGCGCGGCCAGAGCAUGCCGCCUUCACCGGCAAUGGCACCAGCACCGGCCACUCGCGGUGGCAAUUGCACUUUGAAUGGCGCAAUCGCGCUUGGUGUGUGUCUUAAACUUCAACCGGGCAGGACAAGCCCGGCCGACAAGAACCGGUGCUGCCAUCGGAUCCAGGGGAUGCAGAGCCCCGCCGACUGUCUGUGCUUGGGCUUCCAGCUGGGUGGUGGCCUUGUCGGUGGCAUUCCCGAUGGCGUCAAUUCCGUGCUCGGCAUCUGUGGCAUGGCCCGCAUCCCCAACCUAGUUUGCCUGGUGGCCUCUGGAACGGUCUGA